AUGGCAAGAACCAAGCAGACAGCAAGAAAGUCCACGGGUGGCAAGGCGCCCAGAAAGCAGCUCGCGUCCAAGGCGGCGCGCAAGUCCGCACCAUCGACGGGCGGUGUGAAGAAGCCGCACAGAUACAAGCCGGGCACGGUGGCGUUGCGGGAAAUCCGGCGCUUCCAGAAGUCCACGGAGCUCUUGAUCCGCAAGCUUCCGUUCCAGCGGUUGGUGCGCGAGAUCGCGCAGGACUUCAAGACGGACUUGCGGUUCCAGUCGUCGGCCAUCGGCGCGUUGCAGGAGUCGGUGGAGGCGUACCUCGUGUCGUUGUUCGAGGACACGAACUUGGCGGCGAUCCACGCGAAGCGGGUGACGAUCCAGAAGAAGGACAUCAAGUUGGCGCGCCGGUUGCGCGGCGAGCGCUCGUGA